GUUUGAACGUCAAAUAUCUUUCCCUUUUUUUAAUUCUUUCUAGAAAAAAAGAAACUGUAUGCUGAACAUCGCUGUUGACUUUAAGUGUCCAGUAGUAUUUGAUCUAGAAUCAAUAACGUGACAGGGAAGCAUGACGCCUGCUGUAAAGAUUUUCUUCAUAUGCUGUUUAUUUGAAGGAAGCUUAUGUCAACAGUGGGCAGCCAUCUUGCCACAGACAGUAGAGGGGCUGAGUGGAUCCUGUGUGGUCAUCCCCUGCAGCUUCAGCCUGCCCUCUGAAUGGGAACAACAUCUGGAUGAUUCAUGCAAAGCUAUUUGGAAGAGAGGCAGCUGGAGCCGAACACAGGUGUUUGAUUCCAGCUUCACCGGAGCGAGCAUGAGCUUAAAUAUCAUGCAGGGGAACCUGACCGGGGUCCUGCGUGAUAAAGACUGCACCACCAUCUUCAACAACCUGCCAUCGAAUCACUAUGACAACUAUUACUUCAGACUACAGUGCAACAACUUACUGAAGUUUAAUUUUCAAACAAGUGUUCGCAUCACCACUCAAGAGUCCCUCCCCAAACCUACAGUUACUCCAUCCAGGCUGGAGGUAGAGGAAGGGGCUCCAGUGACGUUGAGCUGCUCAGCUGUUGCUCCUUGUCCUGUUCUUCCCCCAGUUUUGACAUGGACACCAAGUAUAGGUGACAUUGAAGAGAACAUGGAAGCAAAACCUGUGACUUCUGUCAUGAACUUUAAUGCCUCUUACCUCCACAAUGGGCAGAAAUUCUCUUGCACUGUUCUCUACAACCGACAAGCUGGAAACAGCGACCUCAUGUAUGAAAAAAGUUUGACUCUUCACGUUUUUUAUCCUCCAAAUAAUACAUCAGUUACUUAUGACGGUCCCGUGAAAGAAGGCAGCUUGGUGACUUUGACUUGCAACACCAAUGCAAAUCCCACUGUGGACAGCUACACCUGGUAUAAAAUUGAUGGAGACCAAGUUACAGCAGUGGGAUCUACAAAGAGGCUUUCGACUACUGUCACAGAAAUCGACAGUCAGUUUAUCUGCGAAGUCAGUAACAAAUAUGGAAAUCAGAGCUCUUCAGUUACUCUGAUAGAUGUUCAAUUUUCUCCAAAGGAAACCACAGUAAUUGUUGAUCCAGCUGGUCCAGUCCUGGAAGGCAGCUCGGUUUCUCUGCUUUGCAGAAGUCGCUCAAACCCACCAGUAACUAACUAUACCUGGUACAAAGAUGAUGAAGUGGAUCAAGAGACUGGACAAGUCUUAGCUAUUGAUGGUGUUGACCUCAGUCAUAGUGGUGACUAUCACUGUGCAGCGAAAAAUGACCUGGGAGAAGAAACCUCUGCAAAGAUUCAGCUAGAUGUUCAAUAUCCCCCAAAGAACACCUCAGUGUCAGCUGACCCUUCUGGUCCAAUACCAGAUGGCAACUCUGUGACUCUAACCUGCACAAGCAUCGCCAAUCCAGCGGAUGUUAACUUCACCUGGUUUCGAGCAUCUGGGAGAGAAAAGGAGGUGGUCGGCUCUGAGCAAGACUUCACCUUCAAUGUGACCAAACUCUCAGAGGACCAGUAUUACUGUGAAGCUCUAAAUGUCCACGGAGCUGAAUACUCAGGUCCUGCAAUUAUUGAUAUCACAUUUGCUGCAGAGAUCCUGCCCUCAUCUCGCUGCGUUAAGAUUUUAUCCCAGUUUCGAUGUUUCUGCUACAGCCUGGGGAACCCGCUCCCCUCCCUUCUUUGGGAAUUUGCUGGAGAACUUGUCAACCACUCUGCUGACAACUCCAUCCGAGAGAUAAUCCUGGGAAGUGGUGACAUUAGGAGUGUCAUCACCUUUUACCACCGAGAUGAAGACGUUCCCUCUCUCGCAUGUCUCAGCAGCAACUCUCUGGGCUCUGAUAGUUUGACUUUUAAUUUGUCCUCCAUUGAAACUCAGCUAGCCCUCCAUGGUUUGUCUCUGAUGAUCGGCUCUGCAGUGGGAGCACUGGGGAUGUUGGUGGUGUGUGUCCCACUGCUGGUAUUCUUUUGCAGGAGAAGAAAAGGCAGUUUUUCAUUUAACAAGGAACUGACAGAGACUUCACAAUCGCUUGUCAUCAAACAGGUGAACCCUGCACCAGUGGAUGUGAUUCAGACCGAUAAAGCCGUUAAGGAGGAGGAGGGAGGAAAAUAAGAUCCUCACAACUAUCUCAA